GGGGCAUGUAUCUAGUGGGGAGCAUCAAUAUGUUGCACCAUGUGUUGUAACCUGCUUUUGGAGGGUGUACAUGUACAUAACUACAUGCAUUGAGUCAAGUGAAGCACGUCUGAUUUGUGGGGGAUUGCUUUUGUAACUAAAUUGGGAUUAUGCUAUUACCCUACCUCCUUCGUGGGUGCAGUGCAAAAUAUGUACAGGUAGCACUUUCUAGCACUCGUUUUUGCAUUGGUUGCUGCAGCAUCAGAGGAGUAGCGACAUCCAGAAGUCAUCUCUUUCUCAGGGGGAUCCCCCAGCGAUUCCUCAAUCUGUCACGAGGAGCUAAAACUCACAGGAGAAAACAGAGCCAGGAAGAUGACUGGAAGAAAAGGAACAAGACUAUCCUCACAUACAUUGCGGCCGCCGGGGUCGGGAUGAUUGGCAUGUCGUAUGCAGCUGUUCCACUCUACAGACUGUACUGUCAAGCAACAGGGUUGGGGGGUGCAGCUAUAGCAGGACACGACACUGAGCAAGUGGAGACGAUGAAGCCAAUCAGGGACCGUGUUAUUAAAGUGACUUUCAAUGCAGACACACAUGCCAGCAUGCAAUGGAACUUCCGUCCACAGCAGUCAGAAAUUUAUGUCGUCCCAGGAGAAACUGCACUGGCCUUCUACAGGGCAAAGAAUCCCACAGACAAACCUGUUAUAGGAAUUUCAACUUACAAUGUAGUGCCUUUUGAUGCUGGACAAUACUUCAAUAAGAUACAGUGUUUUUGUUUUGAGGAGCAGAGGUUAAACCCACAUGAGGAGGUAGACAUGCCCGUUUUCUUUUAUAUUGACCCAGAGUUUGAUGAAGACCCCAGAAUGGCUCGAGUUGACACUAUAACGCUCUCAUACACAUUUUUUGAAGCCAAGGAAGGACAAAGAUUACCCAUUCCUGGUUACAGUUAAAUAAACAAUAUGCUGCAUUAUUCAAAGACUUUUAAUCAGAAUGAUAUUCUGUUAUCUAAAAUUACAUUUUGUGUGAAUAUGCUGUAUGUGAUGUCACAUUGCACCUAAAAUAAUUGUAUGGCCUGAAUUGAUCAUGGAUAACUAAGAUCAACUGAAGGUCAGUGAUAUUGUUGGAAAGUAAGGAAGGCAUUUCAUAUCUGUGAGAUUUGUGGUCAUAAUAAAAAAAAUCUUAUUUAUUUUUAUGCAUAUGAGAAAGUGUUAUUGAACAUCAUGUUAAAUAUUUGAAAUAGUUGUAUAGGAUAUUAUGAUUAAUUUAAUGUAACAAUAUUAACAAACUUUGGAAACUGUAAGCUAGUAUUGGUAAAGUUAUCAUAGUCUUGUUUGCUUUUCAACACUAGAGGGCCGUAGUUUGCUUUUCAACACUAGGGCCAUACCUGUACACUUAUUUACUUUGGGAAAAGUGAGACAGGUACUGUUGUCACAGUAAACGAACAUUUUCGUAUUGCUUUUAAGUCCCAGAUAUUCUACAUUUUUUACUUCUCCGUCUCGAACAUGGCAAAUAUACUUUUGCUUCACAAGCAACGUUGCACAAUAGCCUUGUUCUGACAUGUUUUAGAAGUUUAAAUUAGUCAAAAAUAUUGGAGAAUAAAAAAAAGCAAAUUAACCUUUUUUAAAUUAAUGACUUUUAUAUGAAUAUUUGGAAAAUUUUCACAAUAUAUGAUCAAAUAAAUACGUAUAAUGGGCAGGAGUGACACAAGCUAAAGGUUUUAAUAUGCUUUUAUUCCGAAACUGUUUUAUAGUGAUAAUGUAAUUGUACAUUAAGAACUGAAACAAUGUAUUUCUUUUUCAUUAUUAUUGCAGAACUUACGCCGGGGCCUGACCGCAAGAUAAUCGGGCAAAUUUCUCCCCUUCCGAGUCCGACAAUCCUAGUCCCCUAUAUCUUAAACGGCUCUAACGAGUAUCAGAUUUUCGUGUGGUGUGAUGUGUUUUAAGAGUGAAUGAACCUGAUCCUGAACAUGAAGAGCAGCCCCGAUCGCGAAUCCUAAAUAUUCAACAUGUUGACAGUUGGCAUUACAAACACUAUCAUCGCAAUUAGGAAUAAUUUCAAUAAAAAACAGGAUAUGUGCAAGUGACGGUAGUGGUAGGAGUCCAAGUGUGCUGGUGCUUUAAGGUAGAACAGAAAAAUAGGUCUAGUGGAGCCAGUAGACUCUUUGAGGUGAUGUCAGCAGCUAUUUUUUACAAAACGGUAUUAAUAUUAUUUUUUAAUUACUGUGAAGACAUAAAUACAACAAUAUUUGAGUUGCAAUAAGAUGAAAUCUAGUGCUGUGCCACCUUAAAUGCUUUAUACGACGGUGCUUGAGCAAUUUCUCAACGAUAAAUAAUAUUUUUAAAACCACAUAAAAGGUUGUAUGUACACAUUUGUUUAUAUUGAACACAUAUAUAACAAAAAAGCCUGAAAUAAUAAAAAACAUAUUCUGAA